GCCCAGCUCUGGGCAGAGACAGCGCUUGCUGCACCUCUUCCUCCUCCUCCGCCGGGGGCGUGCGAACGGACGCAACGACCGUCGACCGUCCGCCACCGACGCGCAUGCGUUGCCAAGCUCCAACGAGUUGGGCAGCCUGGUGGUGAGGCUAUCUCUUAUCAAGGGAUACACAACUGAGGGGGGCAGGCGCACCACGUCCCUUCUACGGGAUCGGAAAACGCUGGGAUAACAACAUAGACGAGCGCAAAGGAUGGGAGCCGCCGCCUCAGCCCCGCGCCAGCCCCUCCGCGAACUAAGCGCGGACGGCGUCCGGGACCUCGUUGAGUCUCUGGGCCCGAAAUUCGCGGACCUCGCGAAGCAGCUGCAGGAGAACGGGUAUGAUGGUGAGGUUCUGGCGGACGCGUCGGACGAAGAUCUCGACGAAUUGUUUGGGGAGCUGGCGGUCUCCAAGCUGCAGCAGAAGGUGCUGCGGAACAAGCUUCGCAAGUCGCUCGACGAGCGCCCGGCCGCUCCGGCCGUGGGCCUCGCCGGCGAGGGGCUGCUGGGCGUCGCGAAGGACCUGCCCUGGGUCGCGCCCGUCGCCUUCCUCAUCGGUGCCGUGGUCAAGGCGGCCCAGGACGCCGCAGCGCUCAAGGAGGACGCGGCGCGCUUCGUGCGCGUCGUCCGCGGCGUCGAAAGCGCGCUGCAGCGCGCCGCCGCCGACGGGAAAUUGACCGAGAACGCUUCAAUCCGGGAAGCGCUGGAGGAAGCCCUGGCCCACUGCCACAUGCUGGCACGGGAAGGCACAUGCGUCGCCAUGCUGCUUUCUGACAGUGCCACGUUCGAGGCAUUGCAGACGAAGUUGCACUCUGCCUGCGAGGCGUGCUCCGUGGACACGAAUCUACUGGUGAGCGAAAGCUACGACCAGGCCGCGCGCCUCGCGAAGGAGGUCGAGGCGCUCGGCGGCGCGGAGCAAGUCGCGGCCGACCCGAAGCUGCGCGAGCGCAUCACGGCGUCGCUCUCGGCGGCGGAUCAGGGCAUCGAGGUCACGGCCGUCGCGGCACCAGUCGAGUACGUCGUCGAGGCGUACGACUGCUUCCUGUCGCACAAGCGCUCGGACUGCCAGGACCUCGUCGCGCGCGUGCACGACCGGCUGACGGACGCGGGGUACCGCGUCUUCAUCGACCGCGAGGACUUAGAGGAACUACCGAAGCUCAAGGCCAGCGUGCGCGCGUCGGGGAAGCUCGUCUUCUUCAUGUCGCCGAAGAUCUUCGAGUCGGACUGGUGUAUGCUCGAACUGUGCACGGCGGUCGACAGCGGCGUCGACGUCCUGCCGGUCACCGUCGAGGGCACCACCUGGGGCGGUGGCGAGCGCGUGUUUCCCGACGCCCAGGUCGACGUGCCGGAGAGCGUCGAGAUCCAGGGCCAGACGUACUAUCCGCGCGCUGCCGCUGCCAAGGCGUUCGCCCAUGCGAUUGGCCUCGAACACUCGCGCAGCUACUUCGACGCCUUCAUCGAGAAGCUCUCGAAGCGCCUGCCCGCGAAGAGCGCCGAGGACCUCGAGGCCAAGUUCAGGGCCCAGGACGAGCGCGCGGCGCGCUACGACGCCAUGGAACAGCAGCUAAAAGCGUUGACGACGAUGAUGCAGGCCGUCGCGCAGAUCCGCGGCGACCCCAACGAGCAAGGUGGCUUCGACGCGGACAAGGCCGUCGUGGCACAGCUCGCGACGCCAGUGAUCUACAACGAGCUCACGAAAAAGAUGCCCGUCCCGCACACGGAACCGGCGCGCCUGCUCGCGCUCGACGAGGCGGGGCUCACGGGCGAGGCGCUGGAGGCGCGCAUCGCCAACAACGAGGAGCUCAAAGGCGUCGUCGCGGAGGCCAUGGCGUCGUCGGGUGAUGACGUGGCGUGGAUUGGCGCCAUCCAGGGUGACAAGCAGACGGUCAUCCGCGGCGAAUUCCGCGACCCAGCGCCCGACGCCAUCGUGGACGGCUUCACGGGACCGCGCGAGAUGACGCAGUGCCAGCACGUCAUCGCGAGCGGAGCGGCGCGCGAUGUCAAGUGCGCGACGUCGUUUGAGGCCGGUGGCGACGUCCUGAGCAUGAAUGCGCCCGAGUUCACGGCGAUCGGCAAGGCGGGGCACGCCUUCGGCCUCAUCCAGGCGCUCGGCGAGCGCGCCAUGGACGAGAGCGUGCCCGACGCCGAAUUGUUACAUGGCGAAGAAUUGCCGACGACGGUCGGCGGCAUCCGCAAGAUGAUGGGCAUCAUGAUGGACGAGGAGACGCGGUAUCGCGGCGUCCCGGUGAAAGUCUGCGGCGAGAACGUGUGCACUCUGUGUACCAUGGGGAAGGGGGAAGGUGACGUGAAACAGCUGGAAGCGCUCGCUGUCCGAGCGGGCGAGAUCCUCGAGAAGCAGAUGCCCAAGGCGACGCCGGUGACGGCGCAGGAACCGGAUGCCCCGGCGACCGACGACGUCGGCGCCUGGUUGAAAGCAAGGCGCCUCGGAAAAUUCGCGGAAGGUCUGCUGGGCAUGGGCGUCGAGUGCGUCGAGGACCUGCACGACGUCGAGCCCGAGGACUGCAUCGCGCUCGGGAUGAGCCACAUCCAGCAGAACCGGCUCCGGAAGGAGCUCGCCAAGCUAGAGACCUAAUAAUUCAAAACACUAGU